AUUUUUCCCUUCCAGGAUCCUGGAAUUCCGUGGAUUCCCCACCGAAGGAAUUGCUGAGGCCACACUGCAUCUAUGCCCGCGUUUAUUUAUACUGAACAGCUUUAAAAAUACAGAAUAAAAUAGCUUUAUCUACUAUUAUUCACAACAUCUGGUCCAAAUAUUACAUUUUUAAAUAUUCAGUUGUUUAAUGAAGCGAUGUUAGGAAACAACAACAACAACAACAAAAAAAAGGAAUAAUAAUAAUAAUAAUAAAAAAAAGAACUCAGUGAAAGAAUUACACAUCUUGGAACAAGAGAAAAAUCAAACACACCCCACCCCUCCCUCCCCAAAAAUUAAACUUUUGCUGUUGAACAAAGAAAGUUUUACAGCCAAAGUCGGUCACGAAAAGUCAUGGAAAAAGCAAAAUUGAUCCCCACCGCCCAAGAACAGUCAAUAGUUUGUUACGCCAGAGGUUCCGAACAGACAAACACAGGAAUUUUUAUUUGGACUGGGAUUGCCCAGGAAGGGCAGAGGCCACCCGAGCUCUCCCCGCUGCCCCGGAGGGUGCGGGAAUUCCAGGCAGGAAUUUCAGCAGGAAUUUCAGCAGGAAUUUCAACAUGGAAUUUCAGUAGGAAUUCCAGCAUUAAUUCCAUCAGGAAUUCCAACCAGGAAUUCCAACCAAGAAUUCCAGCCAGGAGUUCCAUCAGGAAUUCCAACCAGAAAUUCCAACAGGAAUUCCAACCAGGGAUUCCAGCCAGGAAUUCCAACCAGGAAUUCCAACCAGGAGUUCCAACCAGGAAUUCCAGACAUGAAUUCCAACCAGGAAUUCCAAGCAGGAAUUUCAGCAGGAAUUCCAACCAAGAAUUCCAGCCAGGAGUUCCAUCAGGAAUUCCAACCAGGGAUUCCAGCAGGAAUUUCAGCCAGGAAUUCCAGCCAGGGAUUCCAACCAGGGAUUCCAGCCAGCAAUUCCAUCAGGAAUUCCAUCAGGAAUUCCAGCCAGGGAUUCCAGCAGGAAUUCCAGCCAGGGAUUCCAACCAGGGAUUCCAGCCAGGAAUUUCAGCCAGGAAUUCCAACCAGGGAUUCCAUCAAGAAUUUCAGCCAGGAAUUCCAACCAGGGAUUCCAUCAGGAAUUCCAGCCAGGAGCGCUCCUGGUGGCUCCAGCACCGAUCCCAACUCUCCGCCAGCCCCGGAUCCUCCCCCGGGGCUCCCCAAAUCCCACCCAAACCGCCCCAAAUUCUCGCUGCAGAAAUGGAGAGCGACCCCCCCAGCCCCGCUGCCCCAGCUUGGGAAAAGGAAAGGGGAAAAAAUGGGGGAAAAAAAGCAGCUUUUGGUUGAAGAAGGCGCGAGGUGAGGGUGGAGCUGGUGGCUCCGGCUGCUGGGCUGGGCUGGAGGGCUCGGCCAGAGGAGGAGACACCACCAGAGCCCAAAAUGAGAAAAUUCCCCCCAUUUCUGGGCUGGGAAUCCACGCCGCGCUCGCUGCCGCUCCUCGGGGCUCCGCUCCCCGCCAGGGCUCGGGCAGGAACACAGAACACGGUAAAUAAAGUAUACACAACCCCAUAGAUUCGUCAAUGAAGAAAUUCUACCAUCACAUGACAUUGUCAUGACACUCAUACCACUCCCUCCCAGGAAAACGCCGUCGUCCUGAGCGGAAAUGUUAUUUUUUUUUUUCUCUUAAUAUAUGGAAAUAAAAUAUUCAUGUACAAACCAAGCUGUCGUAUUUCAAGUCAGUAUUAAAAGGCAAUAAAAGCAAAUUUGGGGGUUGGAAAGGUUGAGCUUUCUGAGCGAGGUACGUGGUGAAGUCCCUCCAAUGGAAAAGGUAAUCAGUCAGAUUAUUAGUAAUUUCUACAGGCGUAAUUCGCAAGUAUUUCCUUUAGAAAAUGUUUCAAUAUGUCAGCAAGAACCCUUGAUUCAACCUAAAAAAA